AACCGAACCCCCACCAAACGAAUCUACCAUUUACCCCUCCACCCACCUCCUCCCCCUCCGACCCAACUUUCUCAUUUUUGAAGAUAUUCCCAAACGACAAAAAAACCAACCCCAGACACUCCUUCCACCCACGACACGCGACACGCACAAGCGCGACUCCAUACAAAUCCCGCAUCGAAUCAAUGCAAGAAUAAGAAAGGGAAUCAGAGGACGAAAGGAUACACAGCAAACUGCCGAAAAACAAUUGGGACAACCGCCCGCCAUCCCGACAAUCCUCACCACCAAACCACAGCCAAAACCACCCACAAUGACAACAAUACCACAACCCGAGGGCGCGGGCGCAUUCCCCCUCCCCCCCCUCCUAACCCACCAGACCUCAACCCCGCCAACCCUCAUAACCCAAGGCGCAGAAGCCCGCCUCUACCACACAACUCACCUCUCCCCCUCCCGCCCGGCAGCCCUCAAAUACCGCCCGCCCAAACCCUACCGCCACCCGACCCUCGACGCCCGCCUAACCCGCUCCCGCAUCCUCGCCGAAGCCCGCGUCCUCGCCAAAUGCCGCCGCGAGGGCUGUCCCGUCCCCGCGCUCUACGCCCUCGACGAGGUGGCGGGUUGGCUGAUGCUGGAAUGGAUCCCCGGUGCGCCGGUGCGGGUUCGGAUCAACGAGUGGCUCGGGGAGAGGAGGACAACAGCAGCGAUACCGGAAGAAGGGGAGGAAACAACAGAAGGAGGAACGGGGGUGUUACAAGCGACGACAUCAGCACCGCCAGCACCCAAAAAGGACCCAACAGGCAUCAAAAACCUCAUGCGCAGAAUGGGCACAGCAAUAGGCCAAAUGCACAAAAUCGGCAUCGUCCACGGCGACCUGACAACGUCAAACAUGAUGCUCCGCCCCCCGAAAUCGUCAGACGCAAACGGGAACAACAACGACCCCCUCGACGGCCAAGUCUUCAUCAUCGACUUUGGCCUCGCGAGCCAAAGCACGUCGGACGAGGACCGCGCCGUCGACCUCUACGUCCUCGAGCGCGCCUUCGGCAGCACCCACCCGCGCGCGGAGGCCUUCUUCCAGGACGUUCUCGACGCCUACCGCGACUCGUACAAGCAGGCGCCCGUGACGCUCAAGAAGCUCGAGGACGUGAGGAUGAGGGGCCGCAAGAGGAGCAUGAUUGGUUAGUUAGGGG